AGAAAAUGGCAUAUCGUUGUACAUCAAUGUGAGCUUAUUGAUGAAGUUAUACGUUUGAAUUUAAAUCUUAGCAUAGAUUUUAUUAUUUUUGUUUUUGAUUGGAAAACUACACAUUCUUUGUCUGAAAAACAAAUAUUAGUCUUAUAGAUGAACAUUAUAUUAUUUCUGGAGCUGUAUGUCUUAUAAAUUGCAGAGGGAUUUCAAAUAGUAUGGGAUUAACUUCUCAUAAAUCAGCAAAAAUAAGAGAGAAAUAUAAUAUUCGAUUUUUGUCUGCUAAUAUUUUUAAGCCACAAAUUUGUGUUCAAUUAGGUAAUAGAAUAUUAAAUUUAAUAGAAGCUGUAUUGGGUAUAACAAGUGGAAUUCCUAUUAUUGGACGGACUAAUGAUAUAGAAUUUUAUAAAACUUGAAUUUAUAGUUUUAAUAUUGAAAUGAAGAAGACAAGCAGCAAAAGUCAAACAUAUGCCUCUAGUCAAGAAGAUAGUGAAAAUGAUAGUGAUGAAACUGAAUGUAGUAUUGGUAGUAAUUCAACAGCUGGUACUCAUCGUAGUGAUACACCUACCCGCAGUGCUCGUUAUAGAAGAAAAGGACGACGUAGAAGUAAAACGGCAAAAUAUAAACCAUGUACAGAUAAACCUCUUUAUAAAUAUUGCUGCAGUAUUAAAGAAGACCAUGGACAGCCAUUGUUUGGAGUACAAUUUAAUCAUCACUUAAAAGAAGGUGAACCAUUAAUAUUUGCUUCUGUGGGAAGCAAUCGAGUAAGCAUUUAUGAAUGUCCACAAGGAGGAAAUAUUAGAUUACGUCAGUGUUAUGCAGAUCCUGAUCCAGAGGAAAAUUUUUAUACUUGUACUUGGACUUAUGAUGAUUCUGGAAAACCUUUACUAGCAGUAGCUGGAUCACGUGGUGUUGUAAGAGUUAUAAGUCCUGUAACUAUGACUUGCAUCAAACAUUAUAUUGGUCAUGGUCAUGCAAUAAAUGAAUUAAAAAUUCAUCCUAAAGAUCCAAACAUAUUGCUUUCAGCAUCAAAAGAUCAUGCUCUUAGACUAUGGAAUAUAAAAACUGAUGUAUGUAUAGCAAUAUUUGGUGGUGUAGAAGGUCAUAGAGAUGAAGUAUUAAGUGCAGACUUUGAUAUGAAAGGAGAACGUAUUAUUUCAUGUGGUAUGGAUCAUGCUUUAAAAUUAUGGUCAUUAGAUAAAUCAGAUAUGCAAGAAGCAAUAAAACAAUCCUAUUAUUGUAAUCCUAGUCGUAAUGGAAGACCUUUUGAUUCAAUACUUCAACAUUUUCCGGAUUUUACUACACGUGAUGUUCAUCGUAAUUAUGUUGAUUGUGUUAAAUGGUAUGGUGAUUUCAUUUUAAGCAAAUCUUGUGAAAAUUGUAUUGUUUGUUGGAAACCAGGACGGCUAGAAGAUUCUCAAUUACGUAAUGGAGAAACAAGUGCAACUGUCUUACAUAGGUUUGAAUUUAAAGAAUGUGAUAUAUGGUUUAUCAGAUUCUCAAUGGAUUUUUGGCAACGUACAAUAGCAUUAGGAAACCAAGUGGGUAGAACAUAUGUAUGGGAUUUAGAAGUUGACGAACCUGGUCAAGCACGCUGUUACUCACUUCAGCAUCCUAGAUGUACUGCACCUAUACGUCAAACUAGUUUAAGCAGAGAUGGUUCAGUUUUAUUAUGUGUUUGUGAUGAUGCUACUGUAUGGAGAUGGAAUCGUGAACAUUAAUAUUUCCAUAAUACAGGGUGAUUCUUUCUCUAUUGUUCCCAAAAGCAAUGUCAUUAAUCAUACAUUUUCAUUUUUGUUACAUACAUAGAGUUUAUAUCACCCUGUAUAUAAAGUGGUGCCUUUAUAUUUACAUAAUAUGCUGUAUUUUAAAUGCUUAUUACUGCCUUUAUAUAUACUAUAAAUAGUAAAUUAUAAAUUUAUAUUAGUGUUUUAUAACUAAUAAUUUUAUAAUUCUAUAAUAAUAAUUUUGAUUCAUAAGUAAUUUAUGAAAAAAUUAAAAUUCACAUAUUUAUAUAUUUUAUUACUAAUUAUAAUAUCCUUUUCAUAAAAAAAAUAAGGAAUUAAUUUUUUAUAUAAAAAACAUAUAAAAAGAUUUAACAUAAUUAUUAUGUUAAAUCUUAUAGCACUUAUAGCAAUUAUAGAAAAUAUGCAUAAGUCUAAUUUUUUCUACAUAAUAUUUUGUGCACUAGUAUGAUUAUUCCAUAAAAUAAAGUUAUUUUAUAUAUAUAU